UUUAAGUAUUCUUGAUGUAAUCAAAUAACACUCAAUACUCAUAAAAAGAACACAAGCAUUGCUUAAAAGAGCAAAAGGUUGAAGAAUUAUAUUAAGCAACCCUUGUAAACUCUAGUUAUAUUUUUUUUUAUUAGAUUAAGCUCAAAGAGUAAUCGACUUAGGAUGGCUUAUAAAUAAUAAAUGAUUUUUUACAACUUUUCCCUUCAAAUGGCAAAGCAUUAACGAUAAGAGGUUAUAUUAUUUUUCUAUUUUAAGGUGAGCUAUUCUUAAAACAAAAUUUAAAUGAUUAUGCAUUAAAUGAUUUAAAUUAAGCUAUUGAAUUGGGGUCAUUUAAUGAAGUAACACUUUACAACAGAGGUAAAAUGGUUUUAAUUAAUUCAGCCACUGUAUUUUAAAGAAAGAAAAUGUUUAAGGAAUCAUAAGAGGAUUGUGAAAAAGCGAUUCAAAUCAAUCCUAAUUAUGGAUUAGCUUAUAUGAGAAUAGGUAAAGAGUUUAAAAUAUUUAGGCACGAUAAUGCUAGCAAAAGGAUAAUUUCAUGAGGCUUUGAAAUACUACAAUAAGGCAAUAGAAGUUGAUGAAAGAUGUUAUUUUGCUUAUAUAGCCAACCUGAUGAAUAAAAUAUAAGUAUUUAGAUAAUAAUUAACAGAAAAAUUGAGCAGGGAAUUUCAUUUUAUCAAUAUUUCAGAGGGAAAGAUUUAAAUAAAGCAGCAUUUAUAUAAUUUUUUCACGAAACCUCUUUGGUAUUGAUGGUAAUACUUGUUUAGGUCAGCAUUAAACAAAAAAAAAAUUGAAAAAAGUAGUAAUAAAGAGUUGAUUUAUUAAUACCAGAAUUCAAUAAAUUAGAAAAAAUGUUCCUUAGACAAUUAAGUUGUCUAUAAACCAACACUAUUAAAAGAUAUUCAGAAUUUAGAUGAAGUCAAUAUAAUGGAUUAAAAGAAACAUUAAUUUCAAGAGAAAUAUUAAACAUUAAGCAGAUUUAAUCAAAAAAAUCAGAAAGUACUUGCAUUCAAAUGA